AUGGAGAAAAUGCCCACGUAUGCUAGGUUCAUGAAGGAAUUGUUAACUAAGAAGAGAAGAAUUCUCGAAGAAGAGACCGUGGAGCUUGAGGCAGGAUGCAGUGCCAUUAUACAGAAGUCUUUACCUCAGAAAUCCAAAGAUCCAGGCAGUUUCACUCUCCCUGUAUCAAUUGAUAAUCUAUCAGUGGGUAAGGCACUAUUAGACCUUGGAGCCAGUAUUAACCUGAUGCCUUUAUCCAUGUUGAAGAAGAUAGGAGAAGUGGAAGUGAGACCUACAAGAAUGACCUUACAGUUGGCAGACAGAUCCAUUAAGCUUCCACAUGGCAUAGUGGAAGAUAUGAUAGUGAAGGUUGACAAGUUCAUGUUCCCAGUUGAUUUUGUA